AUGUUCAUAUCCAAAGAUAUACUUUUGAAAAGUCUCUUCAAUUGUAAAUCUUUGACGGUCAAUGUUCAGCGUACAUUUGCUCUCUCAGCAGUUCAUUUUCGAAGACGUAUUAAACAUCCAACCUAUCAGUAUUUUCCAUAUCAAAAAUAUGAUAGUUCGAAUCCACUUCCGCAUCGAGACCGAGUCCCUGUUUGGAGUCGAUUACAAUUAACAACAAAAAUGGCGAGCGAACACAAACCCGGUGGUCAUAAACUUUGGCAUGCAAUGUACAUGGCUCACCGCGGUGUUCAAAUGCCUGGAUAUUUCGAUCAUCAGACCGGUAAAUUUGUGUAUGUUGAUGAUAUGGAGCCCGAAUUAGUUGUACCUGAUCUCACUGAUUUUAAGUUGAAACCAUAUGUUUCGUAUAAUGUAACGGAGAUUACACAAGGUCAAUUUCUAGCGCGUGAUUUAUUCAAUGCAACGUAUGCAAAAUCGAUAGCGGAUGAAUUUAAGAGUGGACAAAUCAAAGCAACUGAUGAUGAUACUGAAGAAGCAACGGAAAAAAACUGA